AUGGCCUGCCCCUACAAAAAGGAGCCGAACCUGAAGCCAGACAAUGUUGUCGAGCCCAGCCUCGACGGCCCAGGAGAGCCCAUCCCGCACCCGCCGGAGAAGUGGCUGAUCGGAAACGCGGGCGAGAUCGACCCGACGUUCUUCGUCUCCUCCGUCUGGCGCCUCGCGGACAUCUACGGGCCCAUCUUCAGCCUGAAGCUCUUCGGCAGGACCGUCGUCGUGGUCUCGAGCCACGAGCUGAUCGACGAGGUGUGCGAUGAGGCCCGAUUCGAAAAGACGACCAAGGGCAACCUCGAGACGCUGCGGGUCUUGGUUGGGGGCGGGCUGUUCACGGCGUACUCGGACGAACAUGACUGGUACGUCGGACACCGCAUCCUCAUCCCAGCCAUGGGGCCCAUCGCGGUGCGGCGCAUGUUCGACCAGAUGGUCGACUGUGUGUCGCAGAUGAUCCUCAAGUGGGACCGGCUGGGCCCGGAGCACGAGGUGUCCGGGCCGGACGACUUCUCGCGGCUCACCUUCGAUGUCAUCGGGCUGUGCGCCAUGAACUACCGCUUCAACUGCUUCUAUGCCGAGGACCCGCCGCGCUUCAUGACGGCCAUGGCUGACGCACUGGUCGAGGCUGGCAAGGUGACCAACCGCAUGGCGGUCGAGAACGCGCUGCGGUAUUUCUCGCGCAAGAAGUUGGCGGAGGAUAUUGAGUACAUGCACAGUGUCUGUGCUGGUGUCAUUGCUGAGAGGAAGGCGAAUCCCCAGCCCGAGCUGAAUGAUCUCUUGAAUGUCAUGUUGUUUGGGAAGGAUCCUGUCUCUGGGGAGUCGAUGUCGGAUGAGCUGAUUUCGAACGAGUUUCUUACGUUUUUGAUUGCUGGCCACGAGACGACCAGUGGCACUAUGAACUUCAUGAUGUACAACCUCUUGAAACAUCCAGAAAAGCUGCAAAAGUGCUACCAAGAAGUCGACGAGGUCCUCGGCGACAACGCCAUAGAGCUGGAACACAUCCCGCGGCUCAAGUACCUAUGGGCCACGAUGAGAGAGACUCUGCGCUUUCUUGGACCCAUCUCAUCUAUAUCACGCCACAGCAAGCGCGAGACGGUCAUCGGCGGCAAAUACAAGAUCAAUCCAGACUGGGUUAUCAUGCUGAAUCUCCGGGGCUUGCACCACGACACGAGCGUCUACGGCCCCGACGCGGAUGAGUUUCGGCCGGAGCGCUUUCUCGAGGGCGGGUGGGAGCAGAACCCGCCAAACGCAUGGAAAGCUUUUGGAACUGGCUCCAGAGGGUGCCCAGGCAAGGCCAUCGCGGAGCAGGAGAUGAUCACGGCCUGGGCCCUGAUCUUCCAGCGCUUCAACAUCGAGCUGGCUGACCCGGAGUACCAGCUGAAGAUCAAGCCGACUCUGACCAUCAAGCCGGACGACUUCAAGUUUAAAGUUCGGCGUCGGCCAGGAAAGGACCGGAUGGUCGGGUUGGCUGGCGCACCGCAUAAGGAUAAGGUGUAUCCAGCGGCGGGACAAGGAAAGACAGCCAAGUCUGAUGCUCGCAAAGCACACGAGACCGACAAAAGUGCCGAGUUGGAGCCACUUUCCAUCUUCUUUGGCGGCAUCAGUAACACGUGCAAGACCUUCGCAGAGGACUUUCAGCACGACGCACCGAGCUUCGGCUUCCAGGUUCCGGAUGGGGUUCGCAACCUGGACGAGGGCGUAGAAAACUUACCAACGGACAAGCCCGUCUUGAUCAUCACAUCCUCGUAUGAGGGUCAGCCUCCCGACAACGCCAAGAGCUUCGUCGCAUGGCUUGAAACGCGCGCCGCCGCUGGGGACAACGGCCUGCUCAAGGGAGUCUCCUACGCUGUAUUCGGCGCCGGCAACAAGGACUGGGUGAGAACAUUUCACCGCGUCCCGAAGCUGGUCGACAACCUCAUGGAGAAGCUGGGUGCCACCCGCAUAAUGCCUCUCGGCUUGGUGGACGUCAGCGAGGAUAUCCUCGGGCCAUGGGAGGACUGGAAGGCCGGCCUAUUCCCCGUCCUCCGCAGGCUCAGCGGCGCCACGGCCGAGGUCACGGCCGAGGAGAUUAAGGUGGAGGUCGUCCACCCGGAGGCACCGGCUAAGCUGGCCGGGCCGGAGAUCACCACUGGGAUCAUACUCUCCAACACCGAGAUCGUCAAGGCGGGCGUUGGCCCGCAGAAGAAGCACAUGGAGGUGCUGCUGCCUCCUGGCCAGAGGUACCGAAGCGGCGACUACCUCGUCGUGCUCCCUGUCAACCCGCGCGAACAGAUUCGGCGUGUUAUGAACCGCUUCGGUCUCCAUCUGGACGACCUUCUCACGGUUACUGGAACCUCUAAGGAAUAUCUCACCGGCUUCCAAGACGAACACAUCACGGCCUACGAGCUCAUCGGCACCCGAGUCGAGCUCGCCACGCCGGCCUCGCAGCGCCAGGUCGCCGCGCUGGCCGCGAAGCUGCCCGCCUCUGAGGAACUAAAGACCCUCUCAUCAGACUCAAGCGCUUACCGCAGCGAAGUCCUGGAGAAGCGCGUCUCGGUCCUCGACCUUCUCGAGGACUUCCCCAGCUGCACGCUGUCCUUUUCCGAGUACCUCGCGAUGCUGCAGCCCCUGGCUCCACGGCAAUACUCCAUCUCGUCUUCGCCCCUGGUCUACCCGCCUGUGCCGAGCACCACCACAGCCUUCCCGAGCUGCACGGUGGCGAGGUCCUCUCCCGCUGGCGCCGCCGCCGCCGCCGCGGAUGACGACGACAGCAGUGCGUGCGUGACCUGCUCCAUCACCUACGACGUGCUCGAGGGCGCGCCCGCGCUGUCGGGCCACGGCGCCUUCGCCGGCGUCGCAAGCUCAUACCUGUCGAACCUGCCCGCGGGCUCCCGUCUGCGCUGCUCCAUCCGCGGCACCAACGCGUCCAAGUUCCGGCUGCCGCCGGACCUGAAGACACCUGUCAUAAUGGUCGCGGCCGGCACGGGCAUCGCGCCGAUGCGCGCCUUCAUCCAGGAGCGGGCCGCCGUCGCCGGGGCGCGUGGCGCGGAUGCCCUCGGGCCGGCGGUGCUGUACUUCGGCUGCAGGGACCAUGCGCAGGAUUUCCUGUACCGGGACGAGCUGGCGGCGUGGGAGGCCGCUGGUGCGGUCAAGGUGAGGGCGGCGUUCUCGAGGUGCGCGCCGCCGGAGCAGGGCACAGCGCACGUGGACGAGGUCAUCUGGGCGGACAGGGAGGAGAUGAGGCGUCUGUUUAGGGCCGGAGCGAGGAUCCUGGUGUGCGGGAGCGCGAGCAGGCUCGGCCGGAGCACGCAUGAGGUAUGUGUGCGCAUCUAUCGCGAGGGCCAUCCCGAGGUGUCUGCCGAGGAGGCGGAGGAGUGGAUGCUGCGGCAGAAGGAGGACCGGUACCUGAGUGAUGUUUUUGGAUAG